UCCAGCUAUAAAUGAAGUUCCCCACAGAAACCAAAUUGCAGCAAAAUCCAGCUGAACCAAAAUGGAAGAGAAAAACCAAGGAGCCCAUGUUGUGUUCCUCCCUUAUCCAAGCCAAGGCCACAUAAACCCUCUCCUCCAAUUUGCCAAACGCUUAGCUUCCAAAGGUGUCAAAGCCACAGUAGCCACGACCCAUUACACUGUCAAGUACAUUUGCGCCCCGAACGUCGCCGUUGAGCCGAUCUCCGACGGGUUCGAUGAGGGAGGAUUUUCUCAAGCGCAAAAUGAGGAUGUGUACCUCAAGGCCUUCAGAGACAACGGCUCGAGAACUUUGUCUCAACUCAUCCACAAGUACCAAGAUUCUUCUUUUCCGGUCAACUGCGUUGUAUAUGAUUCGUUUCUGCCAUGGGCUCUGGAUGUUGCGAAGAAAAAAGGCAUAUACGGGGCAUCCUUUUUCACCAACUCAGCCACGGUGUGCGCGAUAUUCAGUCGCAUACACCGAGGCCUGAUCAGUCUGCCCGUGAAGCCGGACGAGACGCCCCUGCUGCUGCCUGGCCUGCCGCCGUUGAACUUGCCUGACUUGCCAAGCUUUGUCUUGGCACCAGAAAGUCACCCUGCAUACUUAGCCAUGAAUUUGAGACAGUACUCUAACUUGGAAAAGGCUGACUGGGUAUUCGGGAACACCUUUGAAAAUUUGGAAGGCCAGGCGGCAAAAGGCGUAUCGGACCUCUGGCCGGGAAAACUGAUAGGUCCAAUGGUGCCAUCGGCAUUUUUGGACGGCCGGAUUGUAGGAGACAAGGGAUACGGAGCAAGCCUGUGGAAUCCACUCGGCAGCAAAACCGUCCAAUGGCUCGAAACAAAGCCACGGGAGUCCGUGGCGUACGUCUCUUUCGGAAGCAUGGUUUCACUGGCAGCAGAGCAGAUGGAGGAAAUAGCACUGGGAUUGAAGUGCAGCAAUACGCACUUCAUUUGGGUGGUGAGGGAGUCCGAGAUUGGAAAAUUGCCUCCCGAGUUUGCAGAUUCGACAAAAGAAAAGGGCCUGAUUGUAACAUGGUGCAACCAACUGGAAAUGCUAGUGCACCCGGCGAUCGGUUGCUUCGUAACUCACUGCGGGUGGAACUCGACGCUGGAAGGGCUAAGCCUCGGCGUGCCGAUGAUCGGAGUGCCUAAAUGGGCUGACCAAAUGACUGAUGCUAAGUUCAUAGAGGAGAUAUGGGGUGUUGGUGUUAGAGCGAAGGAGGAUGAGAAGGGAAUUUUGAGGGGAGAAGAGCUAAUUUCUUGUUUGAAGCAAGUCAUGGGGAAAGGGGAGAGAAGUCUUGAGAUCAGGAGGAAUGCAAGUAAAUUGAAGGCUUUGGCCAAGGAAGCAAUUAGUGAAGGAGGGAGUUCUGAUAAGUGCAUUGAUGAAUUUGUGGAACGUUUGAAGUGUAGGAACUAGAAAGGUUGACAAGUAUCGGAUAUUGUCAGUUAGUUUCUCUGUCCCAAAUUGCCUGUCACGAAUAAAAAGUAGUGCAAUUUUUGGAUCGAAAAUUAAAUAAAACACUUUCGUGCGUAAUUUUUAAAAACUUUUUUCACACCAAUUUAAAGAACUCGUCAAAUACUUUGAUUUGAUGCAAAGAAACUCAAAGAAUGAUGAGCGGCAAGUGCAUGGGGGUGUGGAUGGUGUUUGUUGUUUCCCUUUUUUUCUCUGGUCAUUUAUUUUUUCCCGUUAGGUUUUGGUUUGUGUUUCCCUUUUGUUACUCAUUUCCUGUUGUAGAAACAGUGGGUUAUGUUUUGUUUUGAAAUGAAAUUAUCAUGUUGUA